AUGGGUUCUUCUAGUAUGAAAAGUUUAGCGAGAUCAUAUUUUUGGUGGCCAGGAAUGGAUAAGGAAAUCGAAAACAUUACGCAAAAUUGCGACAAUUGUCUUAACGUUAGGCAAAAUCCACCAAAAUCUAUUAUAUCUCCUUGGAAGUGGCCAGAAAAACCGUGGACUAGAGUGCAUUGCGAUUUUCUCGGACCAUUUCAAAAUAAAUAUUUUUUUGUCAUAGUUGACGCAACCACAAAAUGGUUAGAAAUAUUUCAAGUAAAUUCCAUGACAGCAGAAAUUGUCAUUCAAAAAUGUUCAGAAACUAUAGCACGAUUUGGCAUUCCAAAAACAAUUACAUCAGACGGCGCAAAAUGUUUCACAGGUUUUGAAUUUCAAGCAUAUUGCAAAAAUCUAGGUAUUAGGCAUAUGACAGGUGCACCAUUUCACCCAGAAUCGAACGGCUGUGCUGAAUCGGCAGUCAAAACAGUAAAAAAUUUCUUUAAAAAAUGCUCGACUGCACAAUCCCAAUUAAAUAAAUUUCUCUUGAUGUACCGUAAUACACCUCAUUCAACAACACGAGAAACGCCAGCUCAGCUAAUGUUAGGUCGAUCAACACGCUUACAAUUUGACGCGUUAAUGCCGAAUACAAGCGAAGUAGUUAUUGAGCGACAAAUAUCACAAAUAAACAAUGGCGGUAAUAGGGCAGUAUCUUUUAAUAUAGGUGAUAAUAUAUUAGCUAGAGAUUAUAGGAAUAUUAACAAUAAAUGGCAAAAGGGUAAAAUUAUCAAAUCCAUUAGUUACAACACGCAUGAAGUAGAACUUGAUGACGGGACUAUAUGGAAAAGACAUAAUGAUCAACUACUCAUUGAUAAAUCGUCAACACAUUCAAAUAAUUCUAUUUCACUUACACCGGCUAGACAAACAAAUGAAAAUUCUAAAAAUACUGAAACAGUAGGUGAAAAUCAAAAUCCCGAUCCGGCCGAUCCCGUAACAGUAAAUAAAACACCCAGACCAAUCAGAUCUAAAAAACCGCCUCAGCGAUACUCUCCAAGUGAUUAUGCAUAG